AUAUUAUAUGUGAAUUAUUGUCACUCAGAAAAUAGUUAGUAUUAAAAAAAAUCUGAUAAUAAAUAGAGGAAAACAAAUAGUCAGACAAUAUGUUUGMMUUAAAUUUGGUCGCAUUAGUAGUAAUUGUUAUGGUGUUUGUCCAUGAGUUUGGGCAUCCAGUGGUUGGCCAACAGUGCGAACUGACCACCAAUAACAAUGUUCGGGGAUUUUGUACUAACAAUAGACAAUGUUGUCGGGGUUAUCCUGUAAACAGUAUGUGCGGAAGUGGACAGGUGUGCUGUUACGGUCAAAAUGUUUGUUCACCGGCUAGAGCACCAAGUUCAUUGACUAACUGUCCACCAAUAAUAUCACGUGCCAACUGGGGAGCAGCUCCUGCUCGACGWACUAUAGCAAGUAUAACACCAGUCAGACACGUGUUUAUUCAUCACACGGGMGAAGCAGAUGACGGAGAARUUUGUUACGGAUUUUAUGAAUGUUCACAACGAUUGAGAUCUCUUCAAAAUUAUCAUCAGACCAGUAAAGGAUGGCCUGAUAUUGCCUGGAAUUUUAUCAUAGGUGGUGAUGGACUCAUAUAUGAAGGAGUCGGUUGGAACCGGGAGGGCCAACACACACUUGACUUCAAUAAAGUUUCGUUAGGUAUUGCAUUCGUUGGCAAUUUUAACCAACAGUUUMCUGAAKWKKAWAUGUUGGAAGCGUUGUSARRUCUAUUGCAAUGCGGUGUCAGAAAUGGAUUCAUUAAACAAGAUUAUCAAUUGCAUGGACACAGAGAUGCCUAUCCGGCCACUAAAUGCCCGGGCGAUGAUCUUUAUGAAGAAMUAAAGCKAUUURAWRRCUAUGUUAAAAAUAUAGCAGUAUAA